AUGAUCCCUGCACCACAGCCCCUUCACCACGCCCCUGCACCACAGCCCCUGCACCGCACCCCUGCACCAUGGUCCCUGCACCACGCUCCUGCACCGCACCCCUGCACCACACCCCUGCACCACGGCCCCUGCACCACACCCCUGCACCAUGGUCCCUGCACCACGUUCCUGCACCGCACCCCUGCACCACACCCCUGCACCACGGCCCCUGCACCACACCCCUGCACCAUGGUCCCUGCACCACGGCCCCUGCACCACACCCCUGCACCAUGGUCCCUGCACCACGUUCCUGCACCGCACCCCUGCACCAUGGUCCCUGCACCAUGCUCCUGCACCACACCCCUGCACCACACCCCUGCACCACGGCCCCUGCACCACACCCCUGCACCACACCCCUGCACCAUGGUCCCUGCACCACGUUCCUGCACCGCACCCCUGCACCACACCCCUGCACCACGGCCCCUGCACCACACCCCUGCACCAUGGUCCCUGCACCACGGCCCCUGCACCACACCCCUGCACCACGGCCCCUGCACCACACCCCUGCACCACGCCCCUGCCCCAUGCCCCUGCACCACACCCUGUACCACACCCCUGCACCACACCCCUGCACCAUGGCCUCUGUACCACACCCCUGCACCACGCCCCUGCCCCAUGGCCCCUGUACCACACCCCUGCACCACGCCCCUGCCCCAUGCCCCUGCACCACACCCUGUACCACACCCCUGCACCACACCCCUGCACCACACCCCUGCACCAUGGCCCCUGCACCACACCCUGCACCACACCCCUGCACCACACCCCUGCACCACGCCCUGCACCACACCCCUGCACCAUGGCCCCUGCACCACACCCCUGCACCAUGGUCCCUGCACCACGCCCCUGCGCCACACCCCUGCACCACACCUUGCACCACGCCCCUGCACCACACCCCUGUACCACACCCCUGCACCACGGCCCCUGCACCACACCCCUGUACCACACCCCUGCACCACACCUUGCACCACGCCCCUGCACCACACCCCUGUACCACACCCCUGCACCACGGCCCCUGCACCACACCCCUGUACCACACCCCUGUACCACGGCCCCUGCACCACACCCCUGCACCACACCCUGCACCACACCCCUGCACCACACCCCUGCACCAUGCCCCUGCACCAUGCCCCUGAACCACACCCCUGCACCAUGACCUCUGCACCACGCCCCUGCACCACAGCCCUGCACCACAGCCCCUGCACCGCGCUCUGCACCAUGGCCCUGUACCACGGCCCCACCUCAAGCCACCCCACAUGGCCCCCAGCACCUCAGCCGCUGUGA